AUGGAUAAGAACAUCAAAUACGUUCAAUUGAAUUCCAAACCGUUGCCUUCCCUUCCGCAUCAACCGGAAACCGAAUUAGAAACCGUACCUCCUCCCUCCGUUGAGUAUCAACCCGUUCCUCUGAUUCGCGAACAAGACCUUCAAAUUCCCCACGGCACUUUUAAACCCAAAGAUGAGGACAAAACCACUGUUAUAGACAAAUAUGGUUCUAUAGUCUUAUUUGUCUUAGGUUUUAUCUUCCCGUGUUUCUGGUUAAUCAAUGGGUGUAUGUGUUGUUGCUCUCGUGUGAAGACUGGUUUUAUCUGGCCUGCAUUAUCGCUCUUAAUGUUUAUUAUUUUGACUCUUAUAUCUCUUUCUAUAUGCUUUGGAUUAGUCUACGCAGCCACCUCAGUCACUCAAGACUCCGACUGGUCAAGUUGGCUUCGGCUCCUCCUCUUCUUCCUUUAA